GCUGCCCCAGCGCCGCAGCUCAUUCACCACGUUUCCAACCUCAGCCUCGCCCGCUGGCUCCUUCAUCAACUCCCUCUUGCUUCCUCUCUCUCUCUUUCACGGGGAUGCGAACUUUCGGCCGACCCUUCAGUUCCUCCUGCGCAGCGUAGGCUGCUCGUCUCGGGCGCCAGCGGCUACGGGAAAUGGCGGCUACUAAGACGGCGGCGGCGGCUUUAGCACUCGGCCUCGUGGCAUCGGUGUUUCUCCUCCUGAGACAAGGAGGACGAUACACGACCAUCCUUGCAGAAUUUCCCGGCGAUAGCAAUGCCCUCCGAGUCUACGGGGACCCUCGACGACAGGUGGUGCGCCGCAGCGACGAUAGACAUAUCGCUCGCGGUGGCGCUGUGGACGGCGGACCCGCUAGGGGACCCUCGUCCAUGCCUUCCCAGCAACGGCGAAGCCGGGCGCUGCAGGGGUUGAGCUGGCAGCAGGAUGGAGCGCUGGCGGCGGCCCCUGCCUCGGACGGAGGAGUUUUCCCGGCCUUGGAGGAAAGCACGGUCAUGUUCCUGCACGUGUUCAAAUGUGCCGGUUCGACCCUGAGGCGGAUGCUGGUGGCGUGGGCCGAAGCCGAGGACGAGCUCGGGGCUAUUGUCCACCGGUGCAACUACACUUCCGAGGCUCGAGAAAUUUGUCUGGCGCACUUCAAGCUCGUCGACGAGCCGGUCCAGCUCGAGCUCUUGUCGAGGCAAAAGGUGCUAGCCGGCCACUUUCUCUGGGGGUUCCAGCGCCAUUUAAGGAGGCCGUACCUGAUGGUCACGGCUCUGAGAAACCCGCUCGAGGUGUACGUAUCCGCUCAGCAAUACACCCACAAGAGAAAGACCAAAACUCUCGAAAAGGCCCAGGCGUUUGUCUCGAAAGCGAUGCGCAAGACGUUGCGACAGUACGGGGACGGACCGGCACUGGGCGAAGAAGAAAUGCCAUUCGGAGGGAAAUCACCGCAGCAGAUCGGAGGCUUCGUCUUCCGGCUGGUGGGAAUUAACAAGAAGCAGUUGUACGGGGAGAAGUUGGAGGUGGCUGUGACCAAGGCAAUAGAGAACCUCGAGACGUUCUGGCUGGUGGGACUGGUGGAGCAGUACGCGGGUUUCGUAGAGGUAUUGGAGCUUCUUCUGGACCCGGAAAGGAAGCAUGUUGACGUCUGGCAGACGUACUCGACUCGUCAAUUCAACACGUCUCCACUGAGGUCCCGCGACGUCUUGGCGGCUUUAGACCCGCAGCUGGUGCGCGAAUUCAACGGAUCUUUGGCUUUGCAGUGGCGGGUGUACGAGAAAGCCGUUGCCCUGUGGGAUCUUCGAUGUCGGGAAGUCCUCCCGGUCGCGAAGCACGAGGAGUUGUGCACCGUCGCCUUACCUUUUUCGGAGUACCGAUAGUAACGUUCCGUGGUAGUAUACCAUUACCGUGAUAUGUUUUCAACGGUAAUACUGGUGUUUUUCCAUGGUAACACAGUAGCAAUAUAUUGGCCUCGCGUCUUCCGUGUGGAACGUUGCGUUACCUCAUUCGAUGUAUAGCUGGUGGAGUACUUCUAUUUUACGUUGUUUUUUUUAGGAGCUUAGUUGGUUUGGGCCCGUGGACUAGACGCUACGGGUUGUGCUGGGUGGAUGGGGUCGAUUAUAAGGUUGCUUUUGGUGAACGUACGUGAGAUAUGUGGACGCUGUGUUCUGUUUACUUGGGCCCCGUGCAACGGGAUGAUGUGUAUACGGCGCCGGUGAAGCAAGCGAGAGUUUCGUAGAUUAGAGUAUUAUAAUAAUUUGUUGGGUUCGGUUUUGAAAAUGUAUGUGUGCAGGGUGUGGCCGUUGAUGUGGGACUCGCAUUUAACCCCCAACGCCAAUGAUCUUAGUCAAGGUCCCCUGCACCACUUCCUGCUCUGAAAUCCCUAUUAACGUCCCAAAAUAUUUUGGAACACUUCAUAGGAAUUUACAAUCAGAUAUGGUGGUUUGGCGUGGUGAAAGGGGGUCCAAAUGUUUGUCCAUUGUUUCAUUUUGGGACUGUCACGUGGGGACGAACUGUCCCCAAAAGCUUGUUGCGUGGCAAGGGGGUUAAAGUGAGGGUAAAAGUAGUCCCGAGUGUUCCAUGACUGUAUUUGUAGGGCGUGUAUCGGUUGACCGCUGCCGUAGCUUGGGCCAAUGAGGCCUCAGGAAAGACGAUAGUGGAUGCUGGAGUCGUUGCUGAAGACCGCUCGGCGAAAGAGCCCCGGAGACACAGCGUGUUAUAACGUACGUUCUGUUGUCCUCAACCCUUCAAGCUCGCCACAUGUCAAGCGGCACGAAGCGUCGGAACCAUGCGUGUAUUUUUUUGUUCUAGCAUCGACCGCGCUGCUAACCGGCUGACGUGAAAAUACAUGAUGUGUGGGUAUGGAAGACCCCAGGCGGAACUAUCCAGACAUCCACCUCGUCUCCG